ACAGAAGGUAGUGCUGGGCAUAACACUAGAGUGUGGUAGACCUCUACUUAAACACAUGUGCCACUUAUUGCACAUACCUUACAAGAAAGUGUGGAACUGAGAGGGUUAAGAUUGUGCCAAGUUCAUGAGGCACUUGAAGCAUUUUUGCUUACUUCAGAUAAGUAUAUCAUGAGCCACAAGUUUAGCUGUUUGUUGCUUGUAUUCUGGGAUUGCUAUAGAACCUGACUCUCUUCAGACAUUUUGAUGAUUAAUUUGAAAAUCUCAUUCCCAGGAAAGGCAUCAGUUGACACAAAGUUAUUGUGGAUUUCCUAGUCCAAAAAUUAGUUGUGCAAGGAUUGAUGCGAGUCAAAAGCAGCCAUGAUCUUGGGAAGGAAAAGUAAUUGAUGGGCUACAAGGACAAGCUUUUUCUUCAUUUUGGAAGUCAUGGCAACACUUCCAGAAGCUGUGAAUCUGAAGUAUGGCCCCCCGACAAUCGACUCGGUUGAACAAAACUGUCGGGUUGAGAUCUUUGUUCCUCUGAAGUAUAGCUCCAUCCCUCGACCUUCAUCAGUCCUCAUUCUCAAUUCUUGCAACAUUGAGAAGGCUGGAAAUGAUUCAGAGAUUGAUGAAGUCUGCCGGGAGAUCAAGGAACUCGAUCUGGCUGAGAACAAGUUGGUUGACUGGACAGAGAUCUUGAAGAUCCUUAACCAUGCCCAAUGUCUAACAUUUCUCAACUUGAGCUACAAUGAUUUAAGCCGGGAAAUCCCGUCCAAUCUAGUGCCUCGACUUCAAUUGCUCAGUAAAUUGGUCCUCAUAGGAACCAAUAUCAACUGGCCAAAUGUUCACACUCUUCUCACUGGACUUGCCUUUCAAAACCUGGAAGAACUCCACUUGAGCUUAAAUAACCUGUCAGAGGUACAAGAUGCUGGUCAGAGAUACCCCACUAUCCGCAUAGUUCACUUCAAUGGGAAUCCAGUGUCCAACCCUAAAGAUAUCCACCUUCUGGGGAAGAUGUUUCCUGGCUUGCAAAGCCUGGUCCUGGCAGACUGUCCAGUUAGAGGACUUGGAGAUGAUGAAGAGUUUCGAUCCUGUUUUCCAGUAUUGGAAAAACUGAACCUCAACAAUAGUAUGAUUCCAUCCUGGGAGGAAAUAGAAAAACUCCGUGGCCUUCCAUCUCUUGUUGACUUUCGCAUGGUGAACUGUCCUGCAUUUGAGGAAUACACUGAACACGAGAGAAGGCAGGAGAUGAUAGCUCGGCUGGAUAAUGUUCACCGGCUCAAUGGUGGAGCUGUCAGUCGACUAGAGAGAGAGGAUGCUGAGCGGGCCUUCAUCAGAGCUCACCUUGGCAAAGAAGAACAUCUCCUCCCUCCAAGGUAUCAUGAAUUGGUGGUCAUUCAUGGACAGUUGAACCCGUUGGCUGAAGUGGAUUUGAGUCCGAAGACUGAAGUCACUGUGAACAUCUCCCAUGAACGAGGAAGCACAAUGCAAACAAUCUCUGUCUACAUCACUGUCCUUGAACUCAAGCAGCUAGUGGAAAAAGUGACUGGAAUUCCUGUGAUGCGACAGAGAGUAUUUUAUGUUGACCAGGAUAUGGUCAAUGCUCAUGGACCAGAGGAAAUGAGGUUCCAUCAAAAGAAGCUCUAUCGCUACAAUGUUGAGAGUGGGGAUUCCUUCAUCAUUCAAGAUAAAAAGUCUUGUUAAUCCAGCCCAACCUGCACAUAAGACUACAGGAAUAUGUGGAAGAUGAGGUUCAUUGAUAAACAGUCUUUCACAUCAUUGCAAAACUGCCUUGGCAGAUGUCUUGCAUUGUUUUAAUGCUUUGUGAAGAAGACAUAUUCAUAGGUUGUUGUUUGUACUGAAGUUUGGUAGUACUAGUGUUUCCCUGUCAAGGAAUCCUCCAGGAGGAAUAGUACCACUGUUCCCUGAUGUAUAAGGCUCUGCCUCCAAAUUAUCUAUUGUGAUAAAGCAUUAAUGCCUAUGGCAAUUGAUUGGUCUUGCCAAUGCUAUAAAAUGCGAAGGCAUAGUGAAAGAAAGCAAGGUGCUCAACGGUUUGAAAUUAUAGGCCCUGUCUCAAGAGAAACCACUUGGUUUUUUUAUGUCGCUGAGUACAAUAUGCCAAGAAACAUCAUAUUGCAUCACUAAUUUGAUCAUUUUUGCCUGCUUGUGGCCCCAUAUCUCAUUUUAUUCUUCCCAGAUAGUAUAAAGUCAGGCCUCCAUGGAUGAAAAUUCUAGUAUAUUUAUUUUUGGCAGCUGCUGACCACUACUUGUUUUUGCAUUGUUGUCAAAGGAUGUGACGAAUGUCUAGUUUAUGACCCUGUAAUUACGAACUUGUCAUUGAAGUACAAGAGUGAGAUUUAAAACGUCUCAGGGUGGUCUUCUCAUGUACAGUCUGCCUAGAGGAUGAAUUGUCUUCUGAAAAGAGCUCAACAGAGAUUCUGAUACUUGCAGUUUUUACCAGCAGCCGUCUGCAGCAAAAUCACUGACCAAGCAUAUUUUCCGAUUGGGGAGUGUUCAUAGAUUGUGUUGUGACUUGUGAGUCUGAUUGUUUCCAUCCCGGUCAUAGAACCGGUACUUUACACAUUUCAUUUCUUGGAGAUUAGGUCUGAUAUUCAUUUUAGAUGCAAACAGUAGGCCCUACAGUGAUCAACUAUAAGGUGUCUUUGAUUUCUGUCCGGUUGAAAAUGUCCAAAGAGUGAAUGGCUUGAAUAUUGCCUUCUGGUCAUGCUUUUCUCAAAUGAAAAUGUCACAGUGAUUCAAUAAAAGGUGUCACAUUUUCAUA